AUGCACUGCUUCGCCUGGAACAAUAUUGAGAUAGACAAAGACCUCCCAUUCUUGUUGCUCUGUUAUUGUGCCACUAAUGGAUUCAUCUCCUUUCCAGGAUGGUGGCUGACCGGGCAGUGGUGGACAUCUAGAGGGCAAUCGUAUCCUAACCCUUCCAUCUCUGUGAUCCCCAGUGGCAUGGUUGCUCUAGGGGGAAAUGUUACCAUCCAUUGCAAAAUGAAAAAAUAUUCAGAUGGAAUGUUCUAUUUUAACAAAAAACAGCCAAAUUGGAAGACUAUACACCAGGAGAAAACUGCAUCUGAUGAAGCUGUAUUUUCCAUUGUCAAUGCCAGCCAAUUGGAUGGAGGGAUCUACUCAUGUAGGUAUUGCAAUAAUUACCGAGUCUGCUCAGACUUUAGAAAAGAAACCUACAUCAACAUUACAGACACCAGCCUUUCCAAACCCUCCAUCAAGAUGAUACUGAGAGGACAGAGCACUCCAGGUGAGAAUGUUACCAUUGUGUGCAAGGGGCCAGAAAAAGAUCUCAUCUUUGCCCUUCAUAAAUCAGGAGAGCAGAUAGCAUCACGGGCUGCAGAGCCAGAGAGAGACACAGCUGAGUUUCCUUUCUCCAUGGUGAGUUUGGAGGAUGCAGAGACCUACACCUGCCAGUAUUGCCGCAGAAGAAAUCCAUUUGUCUGGUCAAAGCCAAGUGACUCUUUGGAGUUGGGUGAGUUCAGUGGAUCCAUCACAACCAUUUGGGCAUACAUAUCUGCUGCAGGCCUUCUUCUUCUUCUGGUUCUCUUGUUGUUUGCCUUUGUAUUGUACAGAAAAAGGAGAAAGGGGUCCUUGGCCAGUGAAGAAGAUCAACCAGUGAGUGUGCCCUUAGAACCUGAUGCUGGAGAAGACCCAGAUGACCCAGAUGGUGUCUCCUAUGCUGAACUGAACCAUCAGCCAACGAAAACCAAGCAAGCAGUCAAUCCUGGCAUUGUCCCUGACUCUUGUGUCUAUGCAUCAAGGGAUGACGAGGAGCAGAGCAGCCUCCCUCAGCAGUCCCGAGUGCCGCGGAGUCCGGAGCAGGCCCAGCCUUCCCGGGGUGUGCACAGGAGCAAGAAGAAAAGGAGCAGGGCCUCCCUCGGCAGCCCCCAAGCGGAGCGACAUGGAGCCAGGCCCAGCCCUCCCAGGGCAUACGCUGGGUGGUGGCUGACCAUGCAGUGGCAGACAUGUAGAGGAAACAUUUAUCACAAGCCUUCCAUCUCAGUGAGCCCUGGCCAGGUGCUCACCCUCUUUGGUAAUGCCACCAUCCACUGCAAGGCUGAAAAGUACCCUCAUAAAGCAGAGUUCAGUCUGUAUGCAGCCGGGGCGUCCUCAACACACAAUGUGGCAUUCAAGAAAGCAGAAGAGGGUGAGGCUGUAUUUUCCAUUGUCAAGGCUAGACAACUAGAUGCAGGGAAAUACUGGUGUAGGUAUUGCUUUAAUCAAAAUACCACACGGUGGUGCUCAUAUCUAAGUGAUGAAGUUUACAUCAAUAUAACAGAUCCCAGCCUACCCAAACCAUCCAUCAAUGUAAGACCUAGGGAUCAACUUGUUCUAGGCAAGGACAUGAUGAUUGAGUGCCAGGGGCCAGAGAAUGAUCUGAACUUCUUCCUGCACAAAUCAAAGGCGCUGAUAGCAUCACAGAUGACAGAGAAAGACACAACUGAGUUCCUUUUCUCUGCAGCGAAGUUGGAGGAUGCAGGGAACUACAGCUGUCAAUAUCACCGCAGAGAGAAUCCGUUUGUCUGGUCAGAGCCAAGUGAUCCCAUAGAGCUCGUUUUGAGUGAUGCAGCUACCCAAGAUGUGGAGAUAUUCAUCUGCUUGGCAGCGGCUGGCGUGGUCUUGCUUGCCUUGGUGCUGGUGGUGACUGAGGCUGUGUACAGCUGGAGGAAGUAGCAGCUUUCAUCAACCAAGUGCCGUUCUUGAACGUAGGGACAUAAGGCGAGGCAUGUUGGAUCAGGGCAAAAGUCCAGGCAGUCCAGCGUUCUGUUCACACAGUGGA